AUGGAAAAUCCCUUUUACGAUCCAUUCUUUGAGAAUUGCUGGUCUCCAUCAUCAAGGAGUUACACGAGAGAGGUUCCAGUGGCACCAUCACCACGGAAUUUCACGAGAAAGAGUCCUGUCAAUCAUCAUCAUGACAAUGAGAAUAGAUCUCCAUCGGCCGCGCCCAAAGUAGUUUCAAUUCCUGUAAAUUUUAUAGGAUUGGAAAAGAAAAGAUUCAAUGCUGCGUUGAAGAUACAGAAGGUAUUUAGAGGAUUUUUGGUUCGGAAGAGUAUGCAAAAGAUUCUAGUAAUUAAAAGAGAAGUUGAUGAGAUUCAGAGGAAGUUAUCUGAGAAUGAGAUGAUUGGGUUGAUUUGUAGCAACACCAAGGAAAGGUUAAAGAUGAAUGAGGUGCUGAUGAGAUUGUUGUUGAGGUUGGAUUCUAUUCGCGGUGUUGAUUCUGGUGUUAGGGAUGCUCGAAAAUCAGUCAUCAGGAAAGCGAUUAUGUUGCAGGAUAGGGUUGAUAAGAUCGCUGCUGGAGAGCUAAUGGAUGAUGCUGGAAAUGCUGGAGUCCAAGUUUCGGAAGAUGCAAAAGAAGGUGCAGAAUGA